AUGUCGCCAACCGAUGCUAGCCCACAGCAGCCGGGGCAAGACAGCAAGAAGGCCCUUCAACAUUCACCUGUGAUUAAACAAAACAGCUGCUCAAGACAACAGGUGGACUUGAAGUCCGUCGAAAACGUCACUUCCAAUGAAACAAAUGCAGACACCUUGCCAAGGACUCCAGCCCCAGUCCCAUACAGCGUCUUCACCAGAUGGCAGAAGCUCUAUCUCACCUACCUCUUGGGCUUCCUCACCCUCGCCUCAUCCUUGACAGCCAAUAUAUACCUACCAUUGAUCCUACUACUCGCCGAACAGUACCACACCUCGGCCCAGGCAAUCAACCUGACCAUCACUGUCUACGUCAUAUUCCAGGGCAUCUCAGCGUCAUUCUGGAGCCCCCUAUCCGACGUCUUCGGCCGCCGCCCCGUCUUCAUCCUCACCUUCGGUCUUUACACGGCCGCCAGCCUGGGCCUCGCCCUCUCCCAGGGCAGCUACACGGCGCUGAUCCUCCUACGCGCCACGCAAAGUGUUGGUGGCUCCGCGGUGCUGAGUCUGGCAUAUGGCGUCGUGGCCGAUCUGGUCACCUCCGCCGAGCGGGGCAGUAUGCUGGGACCGAUGCUAGCGAGUGGGAACCUGGGUCCAUGCAUUGGUCCCAUAAUUGGCGGUGGUGUUGUUAUGACAGGCCAGCCGGCGUGGUGCUUUUGGGCGCUGGUGAUAUUCGGAGGGAUCGCGCUAAUGCUAAUUUUGUGGACGAUGCCGGAGACCCGGAGGACUAUUGUCGGCAAUGGAUCUGUGCCAGCUUUGGGGAUAUGGCGAACCUGGUGGAGCCUUCUGGUUGACUGGCGGAGGAGCAAGACACCUGAAGCCGAGGAAGACUCGGAAAAGGGAAACAAUGUCCACUUAAGUGCUGGUGGCAGCUUUGAAGACACAACUCUGGGGGACAAGACCAGCAAGAAGAUCCAAGAGGACAUUUCAAAUGGAGUGGUGACCGAAGACCCCAACAAGAACGCCACUGGGAAAGGCAGGCUGAUCGUUCCAAACCCAUUCAUAUCACUCCGCCUGGUCUUCUACUGGGACACGUUUCUAGGGCUCUGGCUCGCAGCAAGCCCAUACGCAGUGUGGUACCUGAUUCAAGCCUCGAUCCCCGUCAUCUAUGGGAAGGAUCCUGGUGGUUACGGCUUCAAGGACAUCUACGUUGGCCUUUGCUACCUCACCGGCGGCUCAGGAGUUAUUGCAGGGGGCUUCAUCUGUGGGAAGAUGAUGGACAGGAACUACAAGCAUGUGGCAAAAAGGGCUGGCUUCUCCACCGACAAGAGCGACAACCACAACAUCCACGACUUCCCCAUCGAGGAGGCCCGCAGCCGCUUCUCGCUCCUCAUUCUGGCCUUUUCAGCCUGCGUCCUGGUCGGGUUUGCCUGGGCGGUACAGCUCAGGGUGCACCCUGCUGUGCCCCUGAUAUUGCAAUUCUAUCUCGGUGCAAAAUGCACAGUCUUGCAUCAGAAGCCUAGCACCAUUGCUGCAAGCAACAACAUCAUCCGGUGUGGGUUGUCUGCUGCUGUGGUUGCUGCCCUGAACCCUCUGGUGAGCGCUAUGGGAAGAGGUUGGUUCUUUACCAUGGUGGCUUUCUUGGAUGGUGGCCUAUGCAUGGUCUUUGUGGUCAUACUUCGGCGAUGGGGCAAGCAUUGGAGGAAUAAGAGAAACAAAAACAAAACCAUUUGCUCUCGUGCUGAUCGGUCCCCAGGCUGCGACCAUGGCGUCCUCCGACUUGGUAUCUCGUGCUCAUCCCUUCUCACCCCGGCAACGGCGAAGAGCAGCGACCAAGCAACUGGCCAUGCGAAAGAGAUUACUGGCGCCAAUGUCGCACAAGGCUCAAAGAGGCUGAAGGGAAAGGACCGAAAGGCUGCAAAGCAGCAGGCUGAAGCAGAUCGGGUGAUCACAGCCAGCAAUCGAAAGAAUGACGACAACGAGGAAGAGAUUGUUUACAGUGCCCUGGAGAUCAUGAGCCAAGCAACUCUGAUAUCAACAUAUAUUUCGACAUCCCCUUCGACUGUGUCUAGGCCACCACCAAGCGUGUAA